UAUAGACGAACACAACCAAAGUCAUAAAACCAUCCGCAUCACAUCAACUAAUCACCCAAAACUAUCCUUCUUCACGAAAUACUCAAACCUCUUCAUCAUGGAUCUCCAAGGACAGCCCAUCCCCCCCGGCCACCGCAGCACCAAGGUGACCUCGGACCCCGAACGCUACGAGCAUCCCAUCCAGGAGCCCUCAGGCCCCGUCACCAAGGACUCCCUCGCAGCCGAGUCAGCCACCAAGGGCGGUGCCUUUGCCCAAAACCGCGGAGCCCAGCCCAUGGGCGUCUCCGGCCAGAACUCCACCGUCACCAACACCGACACCUCCAACGCCCGCAAGAUCGAGCCUGCUUCCCACCGCCAGCAGCAGCAGCAGCAGCAGCAGCAGAACACCGAUAAGAUCCACCCCCACCAGCACCAGCCCAGACACAACGUUGGCCAGCAGCAGCAGCAGCAGCAGCAACAACAGAAGCACCAGCAAGCUCCCGCCAGCGGCAGCGGCUACCAAGGCGGCGGUGUGGCCGGCGUGGCGCCGUCCUACGUUCAUGACGUCCUCGACAACCCGAGCAACACCAAGCCCAAGGGCACCAACCUCAAGGAGGGCGACAUUCCCGACGACGCCCCCAACGCCAGCUACACAGCUGACAUCGGCAGCGAGAACGACCCCGGCCGCCUCGCGCAGGGCGGCUUCCAGCUGCGGUCGGCGGAGAGUGGCCCCGCGGGCACCCCCGCCGGCCGCCAGAAAGGUGUUGACGACCAGCAGCCGUUCCAGGCCUUGCAGUCUGACCAGCGCGCUUAGGUUACGGGCGUGAUGGAUGAGGUUAUGAAAAAGCAAAGCGGGUUUUCUUUGGUUAUGAAUUUGUAUACUUGAGAAGCAAAG